CUCAUCACUUAACCACAACAAAACUCACUCAAAGCUUCGAGAAAGGGGGAGAGAAAGAGAGAGAGAGAGAGAGAGAGAGAGAGAGAGAGAGAGAAUCAAAUGCUUUGAACAAAGACAUCCCAUUUGUUGUUUCACACAUAAAGGAAGAAAAAUAAAAGAGAAACAAAAAUUCCAACAAAUGGGAAUUCAUAUAAACUAAAAAGCAAAGCAAAAGGUCCAUCAUUUGAUAUAGGCUACUGCCAGCCUUGGCCACAAAGAGAAAGGAGGAGGAGGAGGAGGAGGAGGAGAAUCUUAUGUUGCUAUCUUAGUUUAUUCUAACCUUCAAAGACUUCUUUCAAUUAGUGCCAAAAAAAAAAAGGAUCAACUUGGUUUUCUGCAAUGGUUUCAAGGUCUUAUUCUAACCUCUUGGACCUUGCUUCUGGUGAUUCCCCAACUUUUGGUCGAGAAAAAAAGAGGUUUCCUCGAGUGGCUACUGUCCCUGGGCUUUUGUCUGAGGUAGAUGAUGAUAACUGCAACAGUGUUGGAUCUGAUGCUCCUUCUUCUGUUUCUCAAGAACGGAUGAUUAUUGUGGGAAACCAGCUUCCACUUCGAUCACAUCGAAAUGCAGAUGAUGGAGAGUGGUGCUUUAGCUGGGAUGAAGAUUCACUUCUUUUGCAGCUAAAAGAUGGGCUUGGAGAAGAUGUAGAUGUAAUCUAUGUAGGUUGUCUUAAAGAGGAGAUCGCCCCUAAUGAACAAGAUGAUGUGGCACAAACAUUGCUUGAAACUUUCAAAUGUGUCCCUGCGUUUCUCCCUCCUGAGCUUUUUACUAAGUUCUAUCAUGGAUUCUGUAAACAACAUCUGUGGCCUUUAUUUCACUACAUGCUUCCUUUAUCACCAGAUCUUGGUGGUCGGUUUGAUCGCUCCCUUUGGCAAGCUUAUGUUUCUGUGAACAAGAUUUUUGCUGACAAAGUAAUGGAAGUGAUCAGCCCUGAUGAUGAUUUUGUGUGGGUUCAUGACUAUCAUUUGAUGGUUUUACCAACAUUUUUGAGGAAGAGGUUUAAUAGGGUGAAGCUUGGAUUCUUCCUCCAUAGUCCAUUUCCAUCGUCUGAAAUAUAUAGGACACUUCCUGUAAGAGAUGAACUUCUAAGAGCACUCCUCAACUCUGACCUCAUUGGUUUUCAUACUUUUGAUUAUGCCAGGCACUUCCUCUCAUGUUGUAGCAGAAUGCUUGGACUGUCUUAUCAAUCAAAGCGUGGCUACAUAGGGCUAGAAUAUUAUGGUCGCACAGUGAGCAUUAAGAUUCUUCCAGUCGGGAUUCACAUAGGACAGCUCCAAUCGGUGCUGAAUCUUCCUGAGACUGAAGCUAAGGUAGCUGAGUUACGCAAUCAAUUUAGGGGUCAAACUGUUUUGCUUGGGGUAGAUGAUAUGGACAUCUUUAAGGGAAUCAGCCUGAAGCUUUUGGCCAUGGAACAAUUGCUCAUGCAACAUCCUGAGAAUACAGGUGAAGUUGUUUUGGUUCAAAUUGCAAAUCCUGCAAGAGGCCGAGGAAGGGAUGUACAGGAGGUCCAAUCUGAAACUUAUGCCACAGUGAAGAGGAUUAAUGAUACGUUUGGAAGACCAGGAUAUGAUCCAGUGGUUUUGAUUGAUAGCAACCUGCAGUUUUAUGAGCGAAUUGCUUAUUAUGUCAUUGCUGAGUGUUGUCUGGUUACAGCAGUGAGGGAUGGGAUGAAUCUUAUACCAUAUGAAUAUAUUAUAUGCCGACAAGGAAAUGAAAAGCUAGAUGAGACCCUAGGGCUAAAUCCAUUGGUACCAAAGAAGAGCAUGCUGGUUGUCUCUGAAUUUAUUGGAUGCUCACCAUCUCUAAGUGGGGCAAUUCGAGUAAAUCCAUGGAACAUUGAUGCUGUGGCUGAAGCUAUGGAUUCUGCAUUAAUUGUCUCUGAGGCAGAAAAGCAGUUGCGGCAUGAGAAGCACUACAGGUAUGUGAGUACACAUGAUGUUGCAUAUUGGGCACGCAGCUUUUUGCAGGAUCUUGAGAGGGCAUGUGGGGAUCAUUUGAGGAGGCGGUGCUGGGGAAUUGGUUUUGGUUUAGGGUUCCGGGUAAUAGCUUUGGAUCCAAAUUUUAGGAAGCUUUCCGUUGAGCAUAUUGUUUCAGCUUAUAAGAGAACCAAGAAUCGAGCAAUUCUUUUGGAUUAUGAUGGCACCUUGAUACGAACUGGUUCAUUAAGUACUACUCCCAAUGCAGAGGCUGUUGUAAUCUUGAACAAUCUGUGCAGAGAUCCCAAGAAUGUUGUUUUCCUUGUUAGUGGAAAAGAUAGAAAGACUCUAACUGAAUGGUUUUCCAGUUGUGAAAAGCUUGGAAUUGCAGCAGAGCAUGGUUAUUUUAUCAGGUCAAAUCGUGAUGCAGAUUGGGAAACUUGUGUCUCUGUGCCAGACUUUGAUUGGAAGCAGAUUGCAGAGCCUGUGAUGAAAUUAUACACUGAAACAACAGAUGGUUCUGCCAUUGAGACUAAAGAGAGUGCUCUUGUGUGGAAUUACCUAUAUGCAGAUCCUGAUUUUGGAUUUUGCCAGGCUAAGGAGCUCUUAGAUCACCUUGAAAGUGUUCUUGCUAAUGAGCCAGUUUCAGUUAAGAGUGGCCAGCACAUUGUAGAAGUUAAACCUCAGGGUGUGAACAAGGGUCUUGUUGCUGAACAUCUCCUCACAACAAUGCAACAAAAAGGAAUGCUUCCGGAUUUUGUUCUUUGUAUCGGGGAUGACCGGUCAGAUGAGGACAUGUUUGAGGUGAUCAUGCGUGCAAGGACCGGCCCCUCUCUCUCCCCAGUUGCUGAGGUGUUUGCUUGCACUGUUGGGCAGAAACCUAGUAAGGCCAAAUACUAUGUGGAAGACAGAACUGAGAUUCUGAGAAUGUUGCAGGGUCUAGCCAAUGCUUCUGAACAGACUGCAAAGAGUACUCCCCAGGCUUCUCAACAAGUGAUUAUUGACAGAGAGUAAUCGGCUUCAGUCUCUUAUCAUCCUACAUGAGGUCAUAUCAAAGUGUACAUUGAAUUUCUCGAUUAGUAAGAUUUUGAAGUCUUGGGAUAGUUGAGUUUUCUAUUAGAGCAUAAAGUAUGGAGCUUCUGGUAUUGCCUAUCAGUCUCAUAAAUGGAGAGUUUUGUCCUGUACUUGUUGCAUUGUACUUGUAGCUUCUAUUGUGAGUAGAUAAUUAUUCGUCCCUUAUGUUUUUUCGCUUC